GGAACAUAAAUUCCAACUUGCCAUAAACAACAGUGGUAACAAAUCUCUAGAAAAGCCAUGACAAGACUAAGCCUCCUUCAAAGUUUGACAAUAUCCUUUUUAUUUCAACAUAUGUUUCCCACGAGGAGUUAUGUUCUAACACGUCCAAGACACCAUUACUCAUUGCGACCCUUUAAUCGUUUGGCUCCAUUUCACGCUCCAAAAUAUCAUGCUUUUCAUGGAUAUGGACAAGAGACUCGUUCAAGUCUGGUCAAGGCCCUAUCGAACGCCACCUCAAAUCAAGGUGGGAAUGCCAAAAGUUUGGCUUAUGCCAAGGGCGUCCGAGAUCAAGUUGUGGCCGAAGGUCACGCCCAUUCAGCCUGGGGAGGCCAUGCUCAUUCCCAAGGUCGGGCCAUGAGCCAGAGGGGCGGUUCCUCUUUUGGAUUUGGAGUGGCCAAUGGUGGACGCCGAGGACGGGCCUUGGGUGUGGGAUCAGGGACUUCCAUAGGAGGAAAUGCCAUUGGAAUCGGCAUCUCAAUGGGAGGUGGGCGUUUUCAAGGAUCCGGAGGACGAGGAAUGGCUCAAGUUAGAGGCAGUGCUAACAAAGAUCAACAGUCUAGCCAUCGAAGGUUAUCAUUGAAUUAUUUAUUAUAAUGACGUGGAAGUGAACAGCUAAAGCAAUACAUGGUUAUCACAUGACGGUUA